UUAACUGCCACAGAUCUAGCCCUGGGCGCUCUGCAGAUCUCUUGGUUCCUCGAGGGCUUUUCGGUGGGCUUCAAUCAUCGCAAGCACUCGUUUGUUUGGCUGAGGCGGCGCAAGGUUUAAAAAGAGCUUGGGACCUUUCGGGACUUCUCAGUGGGCUUCAAUCAUAACAAUCUAUUUGGCACUUGGCAAAGACCGAUUAAAAAGAAGUGAGUUGUAAGCGGAGUGACCAUUGUGGGAGUGGGUGGUGUUAGAGUGGUCAGGCUUUGGCUCAACAGGCUUCAGUAGGAAGGGGCAAAGGCCAAGUUUGGAAGCGAAACCAUGGAAGCGCAUGAGAUUUGCAGACUGGAGGUGGCUUCCAGAAGUUUGUUGGUGAGUGGGUCCUGCAAAUCUGAACCUGUCUUGCAGCCACUGAACAGUACCACUGACCUAAUUGGGAACGGGUGCAGACUGCAUCAGGCCCACUACACUGGGAAGAGUAGGCUGCUGUCGGCUGAGUCCGCCUGUGUCACGCUGGAAGCAAGAGGGGAGAUUCCUGGCAGUGAGGAUAUGCGGAUGGACCCUGCUGGGGGAGAGCAACAUCUGGUUCUGGAUAAAAAUAAGGAAAAGGCUCUAGGGAAGGAGGUGACGCUGCUAAUGCAGGCACUGAACACACUCAGCACUCCAGAGGAGAAGCUAGCAGCUUUGUGCAAGAAGUACGCAGACUUGUUGGAAGAGAACAGAAGUGUCCAGAAGCAAAUAAAACUUCUUCAAAAGAAGCAGGCACAGGUAGUGAAGGAGAAGGUUCACCUGCAGAGUGAACACAGUAAGGCCAUUUUGGCUCGAAGUAAACUGGAGAGUCUUUGUCGUGAACUUCAGCGCCAUAACAAAACGUUAAAGGAGGAGAACCUGCAGCGAGCUCGGGAGGAGGAAGAACGACGCAAGGAAGUGACGGCACAUUUCCAGAUGACUCUCAAUGAAAUUCAGGCCCAGAUGGACCAGCAUAAUCUGCACAAUACAAAGCUACGACAAGAGAACAUUGAACUUGCUGAGCAACUGAAGAAGCUCAUCGAACAGUACGAGCUGCGAGAAGAGCACAUUGACAAGGUAUUCAAGCACAAGGAACUACAGCAGCAGCUGGUUGAUGCCAAACUUCAGCGAACUACAGAGAUUAUGAAAGAGGUGGAUGAGGAACAUCAUAGGGAGAGGGAGUUUUUGCUAAAAGAAGCCACUGAAUUAAGGCACAAAUGUGAAUUCAUGAAGCGACAAGAGGCACAGCUGAAGCAACAGCUUUCACUCUACAUGGAUAAGUUUGAAGAAUUUCAGACCACGCUGGCAAAGAGCAAUGAGGUCUUUACAACAUUCAGGCAGGAAAUGGAAAAGAUGACCAAGAAAAUAAAAAAGCUGGAAAAAGAAACUACAGUCUGGCGUACCAAAUGGGAGAACAAUAACAAAGCGCUCUUACAGAUGGCCGAGGAGAAAACCCUUCGAGACAAGGAAUAUAAAGGUCUACAAGUGAAGCUGGAGAGGUUGGAAAAGUUGUGCCGAGCUUUGCAAACAGAGAGAAAUGAUCUGAAUAAAAAAGUGCAGGUCCUUCAGUGUCAGCUUUCAGGAAGUGAUGGGACCUUGAACCUGACAGAAGACGUAUACCAGGAUUGCAAAACACCUGAUUCCUCAGAUAUGGUUGAAGUGAACACAACGAGUCAAGAAGCAGAAGAAAACCCAUCUCAUGUUCCGGCGAUUUUAGAUCAAGAGUGUUCAACUGGAGCUCUAGAAAACACUGCAAUCGCUUCAGGCAUUGAUUCUGUUGACUAAAGUUAUCUGUUUUAAAAAGAAAUUAUGUGGAGUUAUAUAUUUUUGUGUAAUUAUUGUUUGACAUGUUCUUGGUACUUAUUGGCUUUGUGGUGAGAAUUUCUUACACAUUUUUCUACCAUAUCUGUAUUUUCUUAGGGGAUAAAAGGAAUUUAUGUGGUUCUGGUAGUUGUAUGGUGGGUCAAGUUAGUCUCCUUCAUAAAUUUUCAUAAUUGAGUGCAUUUGCUUCAUUUUUUAAUACUGAUCUUUUUUGCAUUGAAAUCCACCCCAAUAUUCUUAAUAUUUCUACUGAGAUGUGAAUAUUUCCAUAUAAUUUAAAUAACAAGUUUUUAAAAUGUAUUUUCCUGCAGUGUUAAGUACAACCAGGUUUAUCUGAGAUGAGCUUCCACAGUUUGGAUCAUUUCCUGAUUUUUCUGAUGCUGUAUCUUUCAACUUCAGACCUCCCUCAAUAGCAACACUGUUGCAUAGAAACAUAGAAAAUAGGUGCAGGAGUAGGCCAUUCGGCCCUUCGAGCCUGCACCGCCAUUUAUUAUGAUCAUGGCUGAUCAUCCAACUCAGAACCCUGCACCAGCCUUCCCUCCAUACCCCCUGAUCCCCAUAGCCACAAGGGCCAUAUCUAACUCCCUCUUAAAUAUAGCCAAUGAACUGGCCUCAACUGUUUCCUGUGGCAGAGAAUUCCACAGAUUCACCACUCUCUGUGUGAAGAAGUUUUUCCUAAUCUCAGUCCUAAAAGGCUUCCCCCUUAUCCUCAAACUGUGACCCCUCGUUCUGGACUUCCCCAACAUCGGGAACAAUCCCCCUGCAUCUAGCCUGUCCAAUCCCUUUAGGAUUUUAUACGUUUCAAUCAGAUCCCCCCUCAAUCUUCUAAAUUCCAACGAGUACAAGCCUAGUUCAUCCAGUCUUUCUUCAUAUGAAAGUCCUGCCAUCCCAGGAAUCAAUCUGGUGAACCUUCUUUGUACUCCCUCUAUGGCAAGGAUGUCUUUCCUCAGAUUAGGGGACCAAAACUGCACACAAUACUCCAGGUGUGGUCUCACCAAGGCCUUGUACAACUGCAGUAGUACCUCCCUGCUCCUGUACUCGAAUCCUCUCGCUAUAAAUGCCAGCAUACCAUUCGCCUUUUUCACCGCCUGCUGUACCUGCAUGCCCACUUUCAAUGACUGGUGUAUAAUGACACCCAGGUCUCGUUGCACCUCCCCUUUUCCUAAUCUGCCACCAUUCAGAUAAUAAUCUGUUUUCCUAUUUUUGCCACCAAAGUGGAUAACUUCACAUUUAUCCACAUUAAAUUGCAUCUGCCAUGAAUUUGCCCACUCACCCAACCUAUCCAAGUCACCCUGCAUCCUCCUCACAGCUAACACUGCCGCCCAGCUUCGUGUCAUCCGCAAACUUGGAGAUGCUGCAUUUAAUUCCCUCAUCCAAGUCAUUAAUAUAUAUUGUAAACAACUGGGGUCCCAGCACUGAGCCUUGCGGUACCCCACUAGUCACUGCCUGCCAUUCUGAAAAGGUCCCGUUUAUUCCCACUCUUUGCUUCCUGUCUGCUAACCAAUUCUCCACCCACACCAAUACCUUACCCCCAAUACCGUGUGCUUUAAGUUUGCACACUAAUCUUGUUGCUUGAUUGAAACUUCUAGAAGACGUAGGGACAUUUAAUGCUUGAAAGAAAGGUGUCUAAAUAUAAUAGAUCACUUCAGAUGGGCAAAAUUUGACAGGGAAGAGUUUGAGGAUUUUGAAUAUUCUGCAGUGUUGCGGGUUCUUGGAUCUUCAGUGAACCUUCUAUAGAUUUGUACUAUAUGUUGAAUUAGGAUUGCUGCCCCUUACCUCCACCUUGAAACUGUAAGAAACUGGAGUAACGCUCGUUCUACUCUGUUCUCUGUACUUAAGAGUAAAUUGAAGCUUCCAAGAAUUUUGACACUCUAUUAGUUUAGACAUCUGAGGACAGGUUUUGUUGGUUUGAGAGAAAAUACUGACCCUGAUUUGCAUUUUAAUAAUGCUUUAUUUGGUCUUUUUAGUCACCUUUGUGACAAGCCACCUAUUUUAUUUGUUUUCUUUUUAAGAAUAAGGGAUUUACGUUUCCUCUAGAUUUUUUUUAAUGUAGCCAUGGCAGCUGCACUAUCCUUUCACCUCAGGAUUUGAACUUAGACCAAAGCAAAGUGGACGAAAUCUUGUCUCAGGCUGUGAGCGUUAUUUUUGGCAUUGUUGUCUGAAUGCAUUGAUGGUGGACUGUCCAAUAUACAGGAGUUAGUUGGAACAGAAUGAUGAUUUUAGUCUCCCGAGGAUACCAAAAGUAAAUGGUUAUCCCAUUCCUAAUGCUGAAUUUGGUAUGAAAUGUAGAUAUCUACAACAGAGCUGUACAGUUAGAAUUGAAUGGAAACUUUUUAGAUACAAACUCAGGAUGGUGGGCAAGUUAAUCAGGUGGAUAAACUGAGCCUCAGUAUGAAAAGACAUAAUCUGUUAGAUCUUUUUGAUUUUAGUGUACAUAAUUAUUUACAAAUGACUUCUGUAAUCUAACAUAAGUAUUCGUAAACUACCUGACAAUGCAAUUUUCAUUCAAGAAGUGAGCAGUUAUUCAUUAAUUGAACUGUUCUGCAAUCUUGUCACUUGUUUGCUAUUGAGUGAUGAAUCUCAGAUGGUUCAGUAGCACAUAGCAUGGGACGUGGAUUCCAGUUCUUGCACUGUGAAUGAUCAGAUUCAUUUUAUGGAUUCGUUAAAGAUUAAUCAAGGUUUCUGAAAUGUAUCCAGUAUUUCUGGCUAAGUAUCUAAAGGUAUCUGGAUGAGGCAAAGAUGGGUAUAUUUUUCAGAGUUGGAAACAAUUUUGGAUAUGCUUAAAAACAUUUUUUUAUUGGCCUAUGCUGUUCUUUGUUUACACAUCUGAGCAGUUUGGCUUCUGUAAGGCUGUUUUGUUCCACACUUCAUCUUUGCUCAUGAUUCUAGUGCAGCACUGUGAAAUCUUAAAAACACUUGUCUCUGUACCUUCUUACAUAUCAAGACACUCCAGCAGCGGUAGGUCCUUCCUUCCAUGAAAUUCAUAUGGAUCUGUUUGUUCAGCCCAUUAAUAGAUCAUGGAAAUCAUGGGAUUGCUUUGGAAAUGAUGGUUGUGAAGAAUCUUGGAUUCAUCAUCAUUAUGUGCCGUGCUUUCAAAACUUUUGCCUGUCCAUCCCUUAAUGUAACUCACGAAUGUGCAACUUUUUCUUCCAUCAAUUUUUCCUGAUAUUUGAGUUUCUCUUUCCUCAUUACAUGUCCCAGAAAUUCCAGCUGCCAUUUCCUGAUUGAUGAUCUCAACUCUCUUCUUAAUCUGACUUUUUGCAACACUUUUUGUUACUUUGUCCUUCCAAGAUAUUUUCAUCAUUCUUCUCAAAAACCACAUUUCUGCAGCUUCGAAUCUUCCCUAAUUUUGCUUUGAUAUUGACCAACAUUCACUUCCUUGGGUUAGUGUGGAAUGAACAUAACACUGCAACAGAAUUUAAUUCCCAUAGAAAUUGUUAAUCUUUACUAUCUUGCUCAAAUGCUCAAACUUGCAUUUAGCAGUUCCAAUCCUACUAAUUUCAACAUCAGCUCUACCAUCAGAUGUCAUUGUGCAUCCUAAGUAAUUGAACUUCCAUGUUUGUUUAAUUGUUUUGUUGCCCACUUUCGGUUCGCAUUUCUGUAUUUCUUUCUUGUGACAUUUCGAUCUUCUUUCAGUGAUGGUCAAUCCUCUCUGCACUUCCUUUGACGAAUUUAUCUGGUAUUUCUUGGAGCUUCUCCUUAGAACAGCUAUCAGCACUGUGUUGUCUGCGUUUCAUAGGGGUAAUUUAAGUUGUAUCCACCUAUUAUGCCAGGAAUACUGCUGAUUUCCCUUAGAAUCACCUUGUUAUAAAGGUUGAAUAGGUUAGGUGAGAGAACACAAACCUGUCUCCUCUUAACCUGGACAAAAUUAUUUGUCUCAUUUUCAACUCUCAUUCCUUGUUCUUUGUUCCCAGUACAAAUGUCUGAUGAUUCACUGAUGACUUUAGGGGAAAAGGUUAAGAAGACUCAGUGAAGAACCAACACAAGUUUUAGUAGAAGUCAUCCAUAAGAAAUUUGAGAAGUCCUGGUUAACCAGAGCUGUGUUGUAUUCUGCAUUUCAAGAGGGUAGAUAAUUGGUGUUCUUGUCAUAUGGUGCUUUCUGGAAGUUUAGUAUAUCUCCCUCAGCUUUGAUCAAUGAAUUCCUAUUAAAUGGCGUCCAUGAUUUGAAAGACAUGUUCUGUUUGGGAAGAAAAUGUUCUAUCUCAUGUGCUUAAAAACCUAGAAUCAAAAUAUGUCAUUUUGGAUAUUUGUUUCCUCCAUCUCCUUGAAGUAUGUCAUCCUUGUCUGAUGUGUUCUACGAGAUACUCCAUCUGCUGUUCCAUGUGAUCCUCUUCAGUCCUUUAGACACUUAUUUAUUUUUCCUUCACUUCUACAUCACAUCCUGAAUUUCCCAUGAUUUUCACUUGCAAAAACUUUUUCAAAUGGAGCUUUACUCUUAUCUCCUUGCUACUUGAAUUUAGCUGCAUUCAUUAGUUUCAGUAGUUCCAGAAAGAGAGCUCACAAUUAAUAGUAAUCUUCAUAAACAGCGUUUUAGAUUAAGGUAUGCCCAGUUGCCGAAUCAUACAUGUUUCAUAGUUGUGGGUGCUGGCUGCAAUCAAUCUUGUGUACAGAAAAAUGUACUGUACAGCAAACUGAGCAGAUCCUGCAGCCUGCAUUCACAAUCAAGUACCAAGCAUUAAACUGAAGGUCUGUAACAUUUUUACAUUUGAGGGACUUUUGAGGAAACAGGAGAUGGCUAAGGCUAUGUUUGGGGUUAGGAGUGAAAAUUGCUGAUACCAUUGCUAACCGUAAUCCCGUGAAUUCUUUACUGCACUUCACGCCAUGCUGUUGUUUCCUAUAUUCCUGCAACACUGAUUCUAAAUAGGAAGAUGCCAAUGUUUGGCCAGCAAAAUAUGUCGAUUUCAAAGUGUGAAAAGCAGUGGUACUUGGAUUUUCAUUUGUAGUUAUGUAAUCUCUAUUGGGUAACUAUUUGCAAGCCCCAAUUAAGCUACAGUUUUAUCUAGUUCAAGAUCCCUUAUAUGAAUAAAACUAGCACCCAAAUUUAACCACAUUUUACAAUUCAUACAAUGAGCUUUUUACAUCUGGGAUAACUUUGAUUGAGAUUGAUCAGUCUAAUAUAUAAGAAAGUACAAAUGUGUGCAAUCCAUUCUAUCAGAUGGGUAGUUCCAACCUCGUGUUCUUCUCUUUGCAAUAUAUUUGCACUUGUCCAGCAAAAUUACUGCCUACUCCAUUCAAUUAAAGUUGUAUGAGUCAGUUACUCAGUCAUUGAUGCCAGUCCAAUAGGUCGGUGACGCAGCACUCCAACCAUUCAGACUGAUCAGAAGAAUAUUGAGACCACAUUGUGCUGCUGAGCAUCAACUGGAUACUUGUUGGUGACGUUUUAUCAUACAAAAUUGCCAUUCAUCUCAAAUUCAAGGUUUAAGAGAGCAAUGUCACCUAUUUAGUUUACAUUUCAUUAGGAACAAGUAAAAUUCUGUUCCUGUGAUUAAGAUUUCCCUUUUUAGCAAUCAAAUUCAAGGUGUGUACCUUGUACAAUGUAAUCCAUGUAAUCUCUAGUCAGUAGUAAUUGACUGAUGGAGAUGAAUUGAGAAAAUGUGAUAAAUCAAAAUACAUAUAAUUUUCCUUGUAUUACAUUGAGUACUUCUAAGCGUGCUUUUGUGCUUAAAAAAGCUAAUAUUCCUAAAUGAUUCCGUCUGUGUCCCUUUUUGUCUAUGUAGCUGAAUACUUUGUUAGCACUUAGCUGCCACCUUAAGACUAGCUUGCUGCCAUUUCUAUGCUUAUUUACACAAUCAGUGUUAGUGUGAUGAUGUUUGGAAAGGUGCAUUUAAAGUUAGGAUUUGAACUUUAAAACCACCCAAUCUAUUUUGAUAUUGCAUAAAAUUGCAAUGCACAGUUGAUCUUAAAGCAUGGAUUUAAUUUUUCACGUUAGAUUUGACAUGUAUGUCGUACUAGGUUCUCAGUAGUUUAUAUUUAACUGUGACUUUACUUGAGGGUGUAGGGAAAGGAGGCAAAAUUUUGGUGUUUUAAUAAUGCUUUAAUAGGGAAAAUCAGUUAUCCUGAAUUAAUCUACACUUCCUUCAUCUGGUGGUAGAAUAAGUAGCUCACUUUAUCUAAUCACAGUGGGAAUGACUCAGCAGAUUAGUAAAUAUCAGUAUAUUGAAAAUGGCAUAUAUCUGUUCUCCUACACCCUCUAGUGGAUUCAUAGGCUGUGUUGCUUCAAGCUAAACAGCUACUGCCUUAGUUGAUCUCAGCCGAAGCCUUGGGAUAGGACAAGGUGCCACAAUUGGUCUGAUUUGCCUCUGGCUAAAGGAGCAGAAGGGAUUGGGAACAGACUGGCAAAAGAACCAGGAUUUUUUCACCUAAAUCCAGUUUGGCAAAAUAUUAAAAAGUGGAUAUUAAGUCGGAGGAAAAUGUUAUCCUCUGGAAGAUCUUGCAUGUGAGCAAGUCAUUUGGGCCAAAGUAUUAAAGGUUAUCUACAUACAACUAUCCUAAAAUGAAUCGAGCACAGAUAGGAAAAUGGCAGAGGUGUAUUAAUCCACAUACACAUCUGCUUUGUAGUGGUAUUUGUACACGUUCAAAUAAUGAGAUUGUUUUUUUUUACUUACUGUUCCCUUGCACCUGAUGGGCUAAAAUAAGAUGGUUAUGAACUUGUGCAAUUCAUCUUAUAAAAAUGACAGGUUCUGUGUUGCAUCUUAUAACGAGAGGGAAGGGAAUUAAGACACCAAUUUCUAUACAGAAAAUUUUAAAGUAGAUUUAUUCUGAGCCUUGUACUUAGUGGCUAAUUAAUCAAAAUGAUAUACCUUUUGAAACACCUAUUUUGAUAAUAGUCUUCCUACCUAAUCAUGCUGAAGAAAAAUAUAAUACAGCUCCUAACCCAGGCUACAUCUGUUGCAUAUGUUGUAAUUAAGAAAUUCAGUCUAGCUGAAUUUCUACUGGGAAUGCUAUUAUAUUUUGUUUGUUGGUACAAAUUUAAAAGGGACACUUUAGUACAUAGCACAUCUUCCUAAUACUGCCUGAUGGGAAAUGGGUUCACUGUCUGUGUUCAUCAAUGUUGAACUGAGGCAGGAAAGUAAUGAUGAUGCAUACGAUGCAUUUAAACAGAAAAUGCUAGAAUACUUGGGUCAGUCAAUGUCAAUGGGAUAAAAAUCAGUUAAGUCAAAGACAAAUCUGUUCUUCUUCCCACAGAUGCAGCCUGACUUGCUGAGCAUUUUCUGGUUUUACUAUAGACUUGCAGCAUCUACAGUUGUUUUUAUUUUCAUGCAUUUACAUUAAGUUGGCAUUGCUGUGACUGAAACCUCAGGUGAUGAUGAGAACAAAAAAAAAACUACCUCUGAAGAUUGUAGCAGAGAAUAACUGUGAAACAAUGAGUCUGAAAUAGUUGAUGCUUAAAUCAGUUUUAUUCAGGAUUUGGGGCAAGUAUUUGAAUGGGUGGACAGCAUGCUCUUGCUUUCAGAUUUUCACACAUUUUGUAGAAUUCCUUUAAUGUGAAUCUAUAAUGUUAUUUACUUAAGGAGAUGUAAAAGCAAAUCAACAAAUACAAAUAUGGAAAAUAUCUGCUGUUGCUUGGUCAUUUCAACUUCAACUGUUUUAUUUUUGUGACUUUCAAGCACUUUCCUCUAUAUCUACAUUUCUUAGAUUUCUGCCAAAUGUCAUUUUACUGUUAUACUUUAAAUGGUAUUCACCCACAUUCAGGUCACUUUGAAAGCUGUGCUGUUCCUAGCCUCCAGUAAAAUGAGCUUUUUACUAUAGAACCCCUAACAGGUAACCACAAAUAUUGUUGCUUAUCACAGCUGAGGAUUAUGUACAACUCUCUGCUUAUAUAAAUCUACAAAAAUAGAUUCAGAAAAUUGUUGGCAAACAUUGUUCAACAUUUAUCCAACUUUAGGGACUAUUUCUAAAUGUCACCUUUUUAAUAAAACUUGUUUCGUACAUAAUUUAAAGUGGGUUGCAAAGCCACGAAGAUUUGAAUACAUAAUCAAAAUCUUGGUCAAGGAUAUAGGAGAGUGUUAAGGAAAAAGAUGGAGAGCUGGAGAAGUUGAAGGUGGAAAUUCCUUAAAAGCACUGGCAACUUAUGAUAGAGCCAUCGAUAAUGGAGCAAGUUAAUUUUGAAAUGAUCAAGACCAAAGUUGAAGUACAGACAGC